CAGAGUCACACCCACCCACCACCAAGCUGUUCCUCCUUGUACCCAUUAACUCCUCAUCUAUCGACUUUCAACCCAUCGUACUACUGGCUUCUGAGGAGAAUGCCGACUUCAGAAUCAUCAUUUCUCAGGCAGCUGAGUGAAAAAGAAGGCUGGAAACUAAAAUCCAAGAGAUGGGGUGGAUAUAGUUACAACCAUAGUAGCAGCAGCGGCAGUGAGGCACAUUUGAUGCAGAUGGAAGGGGUUGGGAUGUACGCAAGUAAUGGUGGACGCUAUGGAUCUGCUGGUGGUGGUGGUGGUGGUGCUGCGAUGGUGGAGAAGAGGAAGAGAGUUAUGGUUAUAGUCGACCAAUCGAUACAUUCGAAGCAUGCUAUGUUAUGGGCACUCACGCAUGUUGCUAACAAAGGAGAUAUGCUUACUCUCCUUCAAAUUAGCCCUAAUCUCAAAAAGGAAACUGAAGGUUCAUCUCCUGCUCUUGCUAAUCACCUGGUUACCUCACUUGGUACCCUCUGCAAGGCCUGUAAGCCUGAGGUAGAAGUGGAAGCGUUGGUGGUUGAAGGGCCAAAGCUAGCAACAGUUGUGAGCCAAGUAAAGAAGCUAGAGGUGUCGGUGCUUGUUUUGGGUCAAAAGAACUCGUCCCCAUUUCUGCAUUGCUUGGGAGGGAUGAGUAGCACAGAGAAAUUUGUGGAGCAGUGCAUCAAGACAGUGGAAUGCUUGACGAUAGGAGUGCGAAAGCAGAGCAAAGGGAUUGGAGGGUACCUGAUCAGCACCAGAUGGCGCAAGGACUUUUGGCUCCUGGCUUAAUCUCUUAAUUAAGUCUAUGUCUAUGUUUGUUGAUGAACUAAAUCAAAUAAACACAUGUCCCUCUAACUAAACAUUCUAUUGUAUAAUUCAUUGCUUAAAUGGGAAACCUUAUUUCUCUCUCU